AUGUACCCAUUCCUCUUCAACCGCUCAUUAGAUCGAGCUAAGGGAUCAGUCGAUCGAUGGGGACAAUCGACGGGAUCUUCGUCGACAAAUAAGCAGAAGCAGCUCGCGAGGAAGCGAGUUGGAGGGUUGAAAUUGGAGGAAUUACCUGGUCUAGAAGCUUUGCAGGUUCCAGGUACCAAAUAUGGACAGACAAUUGUUGUCCGUGAGGGUGAUAAUGGUGUUGCAUAUGCAUGGAAUAGGCAUAAUCAAACAUGGGAUAAGAUAGGGGAAGUAAUUGAUGGGCCUGAUGAUGGCAAUGACAUGAAGCGCCCAGAUCUUGAUGGAGUACAAUAUGAUUAUGAUGGUGAACCUAUUCGCAAAUUGCCAUAUUCUGUUGAUGAACAUAAUUCUGAUUCUGUUGGAAUGGAAUCAUGA